AUGCUUAGGCCAGCCGAGAGCGGACUCUUGCGUCUUGUCGAUGAACUCCUUCUCAACAUCAUCGACCACGUCGAGAGUCAGGAUGCCCUUUGCAACCUCGCCGCGACGUGCACGCGGUUUCAAGGUCUCGUUGAACCCUACAUCUGGCGCAAACUAGAGGUCUUGACGGGAGGACAUGCGCAAAAGAUUGCCACAGCACUGGACAGCCGGGAUAAUCGGACAGAAUAUAUCCAGGAUCUGGCUAUCCGCUAUAAAGAUGACUAUCGCGAGGGGAUUGAAGAUCUGAACCAUUAUCUGAGUCUGAUGGGUAGGCUGCGUCAUCUGCAUGUCGAGAGCCCUUGCCCGAAUAACUUGGAAUGGCAACAAGGCAACAUCUACUUCGAUGGGUAUUCACGAAUUGACUACACAAAUCUGCUUGCAGCAUCAGUAUAUCCACGUUUGGGUAUGCCGAUGACACUGCCGAUGCUACAGUCGUUAACGCUCCAUGCGCAUGGUUCAGGAGACAACAAGUUCAGUUUAGGACGUGCUGUCGCGAUGUUUAAACAUCCAACUUUACGAAACAUCACAUUAUCGUGCUUGAACUUUGACGGACAGCUUCAAGUAUCCGAAUCAGAGAAGAAGACAACACCUCUUCAAUCUCUGACGCUUAUCGAAUGUAACGUCGGCGUGCCGUUCCUAGACGACGUUAUGAGCCUACCCAAAACUCUCAAGGAGCUGUCAAUUGGCGAGCGAUUGCACGUUUUCCAGGAAUGUCAGCCAUCCAUGGAUCCCAAACAUCGCACGUCCUCGUCUCGAUUUCUAGUUGCAUUGCAGAAGCAAGCACAUUCAUUGCAGCGCUUGACGCAUUGCGGUGGUCACAUUGGAUAUCUGACCCCGCGCGACACCGAUCCUGAAGGCGCCGAAAAGCUACGCUCCCUCGUUGAGCUCGAGUACCUCGAGCUAGGUUUUGAGUCGCAUCUCUACUACUACCUACGACAAAGCGGCUUCCCACCAGCGCUCAAGUCUCUAAAGAUGCUCGACUCAGCCAUCUCAAUCAACUCAGGCCACGAUCUACGCUCGCUAUCCGACAUCGCCUUCCGCUCCCUCACUUCACUCGUAGACGUCUGUCUCCCAAGAACACUGGCAGACGACUUCAUACUACAUCUCAAGUUCUCAGACCACUCUUUCUUCCGUCUCUUCGAAAUCGUCGACGCAACAGAACAAGCCCAUCUCCUUAGCGCCCUCUUCUUCGACCGCGCAGCUACCUACAAGAUCGCCUCUAUGCUCAAAUCCUACAGCACAAACGCCCACUUCCUUGUCUCGCGAGAAACCUUUCCUUCGGGGAAGUCUUUCAUUCCGCCGUACAUGCAUGGCGAAGAGUUGCCUGUCGAGGAAUUGAUGUACACGAGUAACGACUUCUGGCGCUUCAACGGCAUCAACUACCGCAUUAUGGAUGAUGAGAAUUGGAGAGAUGAGCUUAAGAAGGGGAAGAAGCUGGUUGUGUGUAAGAGGUGUCGAAGUAGGGGUUUGGGCGUGGAUGAGUGUCGUAGUUUGGGGGAUGGGUCUGCUUGCAUUCCUUGUAAGGGCACUGGUCUGGGGGUGUGCGAAUGGGAUAGGGACGAGAGUGGGGAGUUGGUCAGUGCUGGAGAUGCGAAGGCGGAGUAA